GUAGAUGUCUAAAAAAAGAGAGACACUGCAGUGGAUAAUAAUACCACGAGCCCAAUGACGGUGCUCCAUUAUAUAGUAUAUAUUAUAUACUGUGUAAUAGUGCUGCUUUGUGUGACUGGCCCAAUCUCGCCUGCAUGCACUCUUGAGACAUGGGCUGUUGGGCGACUUGAGCCAGUCGUCUUUCUCAACCGCCUAUUGCUUGGCAGGCACAAUCACACCGUACCUUUGCGUGGACAACCAUACGUGGCGAAUGAUCCUUUGAGAAGCCGAAAAGCAGAGGCAGACGGCCAGAAAUAAGCUCCGCAGAGAGCCAUUGCGGCUGUCCAAUCCAGGCUGCAGGAGAUCCG